AUGCGAGAUAGAGAUCAAUCACACCUGCUACACAUUGGCCGGUUAUUGCAGCAGUAUUCUGUUGAUGCUUAUGUCAAGUUAGAGACAUCACGUCUUGAAUUUCACAGAAACAGGCAAAACAAAUUGAGGACAGAAGCUUAUCAGGGAUUACUUGAUAUCAUAGCAAGAGGCAAGACAAAUGCAUCAGAUGUAGGAAAGCGUAUCAUAUUGCCAGCAAGUUUUAUAGGAGGACCAAGGGAUAUGCGGCGACGAUAUAUGGACGCUAUGACCCUUGUGCAGCGUUAUGGGAAAUCGGAUAUUUCCCUUACAAUGACCUGCAAUCCCUCUUGGCCUGAAAUAAAGAAUCAUUUGGAAGAGGUGGAUGAGACUCAGAAUCGCCCAGACUUGAUCACACGAGUGUUCCGUGCAAAAAUAGAACAGUUGAAAGAAAACCUUUUCAAGAAGCAUCUUAUCGGUGAUGUUGCCGCUUAUACCUACGUUAUUGAAUUUCAGAAAAGAGGCCUCCCACAUACUCAUUUUUUGGUUAUCUUGAAAAAACGUUCAAAGAUGUUCUCACCCGAAGAAUAUGACAAAAUUGUCUGUGCAGAGCUCCCUGAUAAACAUCAGUCAUCUUACUUACAUGCUUUAGUUAUAAAGCAUAUGAUUCAUGGACCAUGUGGAGCAAUGAAUCCAAGUAAUCCCUGUAUGCGACAAAAUAAAAAAUGCAGAAACAAUUAUCCAAAGAAAUUUUCAAAAUAUACAAAGCAUGAAAAAAACUCAUAUCCAAUAUACAGAAGGCGAGAUGAUGGCACCAGAAUCUACAUCAGAGAGCAUGAGUUAGACAACCGAUGGAUUGUCCCUUAUAAUCCAUACAUUCUUGUUAAAUAUGAUUGUCACAUCAAUGUGGAAAUAUGUUCUGCUAUCGAAGCUGUCAAGUAUAUAUACAAGUAUAUAUACAAAGGCUACGACAGAGUAAUGUAUCAAUUGACAGCAGAACAAGCAAAUAAGAUUGUUGAUGAGAUCAAGAAUUUUAGUCUGCAAGAUGGGUGUGUGCUCCUGAAGCUAUGUGAAAGAUUUAUGCUUUUGAUCUCAAUCUUAUCAGUCCAUCAGUCAUUUCACUUCAUUUGCACCUUGAAAACUACCAAUCUAUGUGCUUUGAUGAGAAUCAAUCUUUGA